CUGUGUGUGGGAGAGGAGGCAGGACAUGACAGCUCCCCUCUCACUUCUUCAGUGAGCCCUCAGGAGAGAGGAGAAAACGACUGCUUGUGAACUGAAGGCUCACAAUGAACUGAUAAGACCACCAUAGAAGCACCUAUACGAAAACCUAAUCAGCCUAAUCAUGCCGAUAUAGUUUUUACGCUUUAUGUUCAGUUAAGCUCUCUGAGUUGCGGUUAAAAGUGAGCUCGAGUCUGCUAUGGAGGACGCCGUAAGUCAAAAUGAGUCUGAGCACUGACAAUGUUACAAACUUGUGGAAAAAUGGUUCUUCGGAACUCGAGUCUCUCCUGGUCAACUUCACCAACAGUUCUGGGGGAAACCAGUCGGAGCCCGGGGAGGUGGACCUCCGCCGAGCCAUCCCGCUCGGUUUGGUCUUGGGUGCCUUCAUCGUGUUUGCCAUCGUGGGCAACAUCCUCGUUAUUCUCGCCGUAGUGUGCAACAGGCACCUGCGGACCCCCACCAAUUACUUCAUCAUCAACCUGGCCAUGGCUGACCUGCUGCUGGGCACCACGGUGCUGCCGGUGUCGGCCACGCUGGAGAUCCUAGACUACUGGGUGUUCGGCAGGAUCUUCUGUGACAUCUGGGCUGCUGUGGAUGUGCUGUGCUGCACCGCGUCCAUCAUGAGCCUGUGCGUAAUAUCCAUUGACCGCUACAUUGGAGUGAGCCACCCGCUGCAGUACCCGGGUAUCGUGACAGAAAAGCGGGCUCUGCUGGCCAUGCUCGGAGUGUGGGUGCUAUCGGUGGUCAUCUCUAUUGGACCUUUGCUCGGAUGGAAGCAGCCGCCGUCGUCAGACGACACGGUUUGUGCCAUUACGGAGGAGCCGUUUUACGCGCUCUUCUCCUCCCUCGGCUCCUUCUACAUCCCGCUCGCCGUCAUACUGGCAAUGUACUGUCGCGUGUACAUCGUAGCCAAAAGGACCACUAAGAACCUGGAGGCAGGUGUGAUGCGCGAGAGGAUGAACACCAGCGAGCUGACCCUCAGGAUCCACAAGGGCUCGCAGGUGCAGGAGGACCCCGGCACCACGGGAACCCGCAAGGGCCGCGCGCACCAGGCGAGAAGUUCCCUAACUGUAAAACUUCUGAAAUUCUCCCGGGAGAAGAAAGCAGCAAAAACUUUGGGAGUCGUUGUCGGCAUGUUUGUCCUCUGUUGGCUGCCCUUCUUUCUGUCCUUACCCCUAGGGUCUUUUAAUAAGAACCUGCGACCACCAGAGGUCCUCUUCAAAGUCAUCUUCUGGCUGGGCUACUUCAAUAGCUGCCUGAACCCCAUCAUCUACCCCUGUUACAGCCGCGAGUUCAAGCUGGCAUUCAUUCGGAUUCUGAGAUGUCAGUGGCACCAGAGAAAGCGCCCCGGUUGGAGAGCAUACGACUACCGCUCCUCCAACUUCACCUCCUCCGUAAACUCGCGCAAAAGCUCCACAGAUCAAACCCCCGGCUGGAUGAACGGUAGUCAGCGUACUCUGCCGUCCUCAGCCAGCCCCAGCCCCAGCUUCCUGAGCAAGGGCCUGCCUCCUUGCCCCGAGGGGGAUACGCUAUACAUCUGGGGUGCCACGACUCCAACGCCAUCCACACCCAACCUCCUGCCUGGCAGCCCGGCAGACUGCAUGCAGGGGCGGGUAGGAGGGCAGGUGACAGCGGGGAAAGCUCCUGAGGAGACCACAGGAGGAGUCUUCUCCUUUUCAUUUGGGAGCAGUAAAGACAAGGGAGGACUCAAAGACAACAUCAUGCCCGAAGACAAGCUGUGCGCACAAUCAGUAGAUUUCAUCUUCAUCAUGGCGUUUGCUGGGAAAUAUGAGCUUGAAAGUCAAGAGAACUACGUGGAGUUUCUGGAAGCAAUUGGGCUUCUUACUGCCAAGACUGACCACAAAGUGGUGACAGAGGUGGUUCAGGAUGGGAACAACUUCACCUGGACUCAAACCAUCCCGAAUUGGACCUGGUCCAAUAAAUUCUCGGUCGGUCAAGAGUGUGAGUUGACAACAAUGACAGGCUCCACAUUUAAGGCCCCUGUGACCAUGGAAGGUGGGAAGAUUUCAAUCCAGUUUCCUCAAUACAGUUUCACAGCAGAGAUCGUUGAGGGCAAGCUUGUCAUGACUUGUGUAACUGCGGGGGAGAAGGGUGUGACUUUCACCAGAGUUAACAAGAAGGUCUAAAGCGGCGAGACUCAACAUGCUUCAGUGAAAACGAAUGACAGAGCUCACGCCGGUGCUCACCGGAAAAAGAAGAGAAGUGUGACCAUCCAAACUGGGACGCAUGUCAAAAGACUCCCAGCAUGACAUGGCUGACGCCACCUGGUGCCAUCGCUUUACACACAGGGGUGGUGAAAACACACUAAGUACUGUAUUUCUACAUAAUGUUUCAUUGUUUUAAUCUGAAAUUGUUUUAUUCUUGAUUAGCCUUCCUUCCGGUUUUUUAAAAGCAUUUUACAGCUUUUUCCCUGUUUCCCUUUUAGUUUGCUUCAGUUUAAAUUGUGUUUUACACCAGAUUCUUAACUGUGAGGUUCUUGUCUGUGUUCAAAAUCCUCGUUUCCUCAUUUCUGUGUCACAUUUGUGGAGGGCAUGUGUGGGUUUAGUCUGCUCAGCGACUUGCUCAGUGUUGCUUCACCUUGAUUAAGCGAGUGACAAUAAAGUGACAACAAAGCUUCCUCCUCUUUUUCUUGCCUCUUGAGGUGAAGUUACAUCAUCAACUCUCUCACAGAAUGAGUACAAAUGUUUGGCAGGCUAAAACAUGUGGCCUGGACUUACAGUACAGUACAUAUAGUUUUAAAACACACAUUUUAAAAUAGGAUUAUUUGCACAGACGGUUUUUAGCUGUCAGGUUUUAUAUGAUGAUAAUUCCUCACAUUCACCAAUAAGCAAAACAUUUGGAUUUGCCAAAGUGACUGAAAGUACAAAAUACAAAAAAUGUCUCUGAUUUUUAGUCCUAAUGUCUCACAUUCAUUCAACAUAUGAAAUACUGAAAAAUGCAUUAGACAAAAA